GAUCUCCACUCCCUGGCUGGAGGCACUGCUCAGGCCGCCCGCCCGUCCACACAGUCAGUCCCGCCUGCCCUCCUGCAGCCAUGUCCCGGCCCCUGACAGACCAGGAGAAGAGAAAGCAGAUCAGUGUGCGUGGCCUGGCCGGCGUGGAGAAUGUGACCGAGCUGAAGAAGAGCUUCAACCGGCACCUACACUUCACCCUCGUGAAAGACCGCAAUGUGGCCACCCCUCGAGACUACUACUUUGCACUGGCCUACACGGUGCGUGACCACCUCGUGGGCCGCUGGAUCCGCACGCAGCAGCACUACUACGAGAAGGACCCCAAGAGGAUCUACUACCUGUCUCUGGAAUUCUACAUGGGCCGGGCGCUACAAAACACCAUGGUGAACCUGGCCUUGGAGAAUGCCUGUGAUGAGGCCACCUACCAGCUGGGCCUGGACAUGGAGGAGCUGGAGGAAAUCGAGGAGGACGCAGGGCUGGGCAACGGGGGCCUGGGCCGGCUGGCGGCCUGCUUUCUGGACUCCAUGGCAACACUGGGCCUGGCUGCCUAUGGCUAUGGGAUCCGCUAUGAGUUUGGGAUUUUUAACCAGAAGAUCUCUGGGGGUUGGCAGUUGGAGGAGGCUGAUGACUGGCUUCGCUACGGCAACCCCUGGGAGAAGGCCCGACCCGAGUUCACACUGCCUGUGCACUUCUAUGGCCGAGUGGAACACACCAGCCAGGGGGCCGAGUGGGUGGACACGCAGGUGGUGUUGGCCAUGCCUUACGACACACCCGUGCCCGGCUACCGCAACAACAUCGUCAAUACCAUGCGCCUGUGGUCUGCCAAGGCCCCCAAUGACUUCAACCUCAAGGACUUCAACGUCGGUGGCUACAUCCAGGCUGUGCUAGACCGCAACCUGGCUGAGAAUAUCUCCCGUGUCCUGUACCCCAACGACAACUUUUUUGAGGGGAAAGAGCUGCGGCUGAAGCAGGAGUACUUCGUAGUGGCUGCCACGCUCCAGGACAUCAUCCGCCGCUUCAAAUCCUCCAAGUUCGGCUGCCAAGACGCUGUGCGCACGAGCUUCGACACCUUCUCGGAUAAGGUGGCCAUCCAGCUCAAUGAUACCCACCCCUCCUUGGCCAUCCCCGAGCUGAUGAGGAUUCUGGUGGACCAGGAGCGGCUGGACUGGGACAAGGCAUGGGACGUGACUGUGAAGACCUGUGCCUAUACCAACCACACGGUGCUGCCCGAGGCCCUGGAGCGCUGGCCCGUGCACCUCAUAGAGACCCUGCUGCCCCGGCACCUCCAGAUCAUCUAUGAGAUCAACCAGCGCUUCCUUGAUCGGGUGGCGGCUGCGUUCCCAGGGGAUGUAGACCGGCUGAGGCGCAUGUCGCUGGUGGAGGAGGGCGCGGUGAAGCGCAUCAACAUGGCGCACCUGUGCAUCGCCGGUUCACACGCUAUCAAUGGCGUGGCUCGCAUCCACUCCGAAAUCCUCAAGAAGACCACCUUCAAGGACUUCUAUGAGCUGGAGCCUCAUAAGUUCCAGAAUAAGACCAACGGCAUCACUCCUCGGCGCUGGCUGGUUAUGUGUAACCCUGGGCUGGCAGAGGUCAUUGCUGAGCGCAUCGGGGAGGACUACAUCGCAGACCUGGACCAGCUGCACAAACUGCUCUUCUAUGUGGACGAUGAAGCCUUUAUCCGGGAUGUGGCCAAAGUGAAGCAGGAAAACAAGUUAAAGUUCUCUGCGUACCUAGAGAAGGAAUACAAAGUCCACAUCAACCCCAACUCGCUCUUCGACAUCCAGGUGAAGCGGAUUCACGAAUAUAAACGCCAGCUCCUCAACUGCCUCCAUAUCAUCACAAUGUACAACCGCAUCAAGAAGGAUCCCAAUAAGUUUUUUGUGCCUCGGACUGUGAUGAUUGGAGGGAAGGCUGCACCCGGGUACCACAUGGCCAAGAUGAUCAUCAAACUCAUUACAGCCAUUGGGGAUGUGGUCAACCACGACCCGGUGGUGGGAGACCGCCUCCGCGUGAUCUUCCUGGAGAACUACCGAGUCUCACUGGCCGAGAAAGUGAUCCCGGCUGCUGACCUUUCUGAGCAGAUCUCUACUGCGGGCACUGAGGCCUCAGGCACUGGCAACAUGAAGUUCAUGCUCAAUGGGGCUCUGACCAUUGGCACCAUGGAUGGGGCCAAUGUGGAGAUGGCAGAAGAGGCGGGAGAGGAGAACUUCUUCAUCUUCGGCAUGCGGGUGGAGGACGUGGAAAGGCUUGACCAGAGAGGGCCUCAAGUUUCCUCAUCCACAAAGUACAAUGCCCAGGAAUAUUAUGACCGAAUUCCAGAGCUUCGGCACAUCAUUGACCAGCUGAGCAGUGGCUUCUUCUCCCCCAAACAGCCCGACCUGUUCAAGGCCAUUGUCAACAUGCUCAUGCACCAUGACCGGUUUAAAGUCUUUGCAGAUUAUGAAGACUACAUUAAAUGCCAGGAGAGAGUCAGUGCCCUGUACAAGAACCCGAGAGAGUGGACGCAGAUGGUGAUCCGGAACAUAGCCACCUCUGGCAAGUUCUCUAGCGACCGCACCAUUGUCCAGUACGCCAGGGAGAUCUGGGGCGUGGAGCCUAACUACCAGCGCCUGCCAGCACCUGAUGAGAAGAUCUGAGCCUCUAGACCAGACCCAAACCUGCCCCUGAGUCUGUUGGCAACCCCUUGGGCCAGCUCCAGCUCCUCAUCCAGAGGGUGGGGUACUGGAGUUAGAUCUCUAAACCUCUUCCUGGAACCCCGUUUCCCAUCAGACUUGAGAUCUCAGUGUUCAGCGUGACUAAGGACACUGCUCGCGUCCUGUCCUCGGGCUCCCCGCCCGCUCCUAUUUAUGGGUCUGACCAACUUCACCCACUCCCCAAUAAAUUGGUUCUCCUUGGGAGCCUCCUUACUCCUC